AUGUUUGAAAGGUUUAUUAUUAUAUAUAGUUAGCCGAAUGCUCAGCAUACAAAAACCGAAAAAUGCAACAUCAAACAAUUUACCCCUAACAAGUAAUGAAGUAAUAAGAAAUCGCACCUAAAUGGUUUGGCAUAUAUUUUCUCUACCUUUUCUUUUUUCACCUCACGAGAUCGAAAUAAUCGUUUUCCGGAGAACGUUUUACAACAUGUGACACUGACACCGACCGUUUGAUCUUCUAGUGCCUGCAUCUAGGAGAAACAAUGCGGUCUGCAUUUGUAAUGUAUUCUGUUUUAAGUUUAUUUACCUUGAUUGGAAUAUUACCGGCAGCGAGUUCGAAUGAUGCUGUCACAGAUGUCAUCAAUGCUGAUUUCAACAAAACUUACUCUGCCAUCAUUAACACAACAAAUGAGGCCAUUUAUAAAUUUACGUACAGAGAAAUGAAGAAUAAGACUACGGCUGUCAGAAUCACAACAGAACUACAUGCAGACCCGAAACGGGAUGCCAGGUCCUUCCCUGUGAUUGUGGUGAUACGACAGCAGCAAAGAACUCUGUCAUGGACAAUGCCAUUGUUUCUUGAAUAUAGUAAUACUUCAACACCAUAUGAGACAAUCAGUCGUAAUUUAUGUCCCCUUGAUGCAAGUCAUCGACCAGAGAUACCAGCAGAACAGAGCUUCUUCGUAGAUGUGUCAACAUUCAACAAGGAACCUCUUAAUUUUACACUCAAAGCAGCAAAAAUGGAAAAUUUUCAAAUCAGUACCGGAAUUCCAAGAGAGAUAUCUUUCACUCCCUCUGAGCCACAGUUUUACAUGUACACCUUCCCAGCGGGCGUAGACUCUGUAUUGGUCCAUGCCUCAUCGGAGGAUGAAAAGUGUGCUGUAAUGUCCAUACAAACAAUACAGUGCCCGGUGUAUGAUAUGAAUGUUGAUGUGGAGUUUGAAGGAAAGUACCAAACUAUGACCAAACAGGCUGCUAUACAGAUACAGAGGGAAGAUUAUCCAAAUGGAGCAUUCUAUGUUGUGUUUGUUCUGAAACCUUUGGACAAAACAUGUUCCUCAGAAAUUGAGACCAUUUCCUUGCCAGGAAUCACACGAUCAAAGACUGUAACCCUAGAAAUUAAGACAACCAUUAGCAGUGACAAGUACUAUUGGGGAAUGGUGUUUGCAGUAGCUGUUUUUGGAUCAUUUUACUUAAUAGCUUUCUUGAUCGGAGUGAUUUACCAUGGAUGCUCAAAACAUCGAGGAAUAUGGAUGAUCCCAGACCCUCCAGAAGCAAACUUGGACCAAAUCUCAGAUGAUAUGGAUAGUCCUGUGAGACCAUUACACUCUAACCCAAGAACACAGUCCUAUGGCUCAUUCCAACGACAAGCUAAUGAUGAUGAUCAGAAUGACUUGCUGAACACAAUGAUCAGAGAUAAUGCAUCAACAGGAGCCAGCAGUGCUUCCAGGGGAAUGGAUGGAAACUCAGUCAGUUCUAUUGACUCCGACGAUAUCGACUUCCUCAAAGACGCUGAUCAAGAAAAGGAUGUGUUUAGGACAAAGACAGAACUUUUUGUGUAUGACUUAUCAAGAAAAAAAUACAAGAAACAAGCGAGAAAUUACACUAUUUACUGGAGAAACUUGUUAGCAAUAUCGAUAUUUUAUGGACUGCCAGUACUGCAGCUAGUCUUCACUUAUCAGAAAGUAUUGAAUGUAACUGGAAACUUGGACAUCUGCUACUACAACUUCAACUGUGCUCACCCCUGGGGUCUCGUCAGCUCGUUCAACAACAUCUUCAGCAACAUUGGAUAUGUGUCUCUCGGAAUUCUGUUCUUGUUGCUGGUCUACAGAAGACAGCUGAUAUACAACAUGGCUGUACAACGAGAGAAGAUGAUGAAGAAGGAGAUGGGGAUCCCCCAGCACUUUGGACUCUUCUUCGCUAUGGGGCUGGCUCUGAUCAUGGAGGGCAUCAUGAGUGCCUGCUAUCAUGUCUGCCCAAAUUACUCAAACUUUCAGUUUGAUACGUCUUUCAUGUACAUCAUUGCCUGUUUGUGUAUGUUAAAGAUCUACCAGACCAGGCAUCCAGACAUCAGCGCCAAAGCACACACCUCCUAUCUUCUAAUGGCCUGUGUUAUAUUCAUUGCAGUCAUUGGAGUGAUUUAUGGGACCAAUGUUUUCUGGAUCUUCUUUGCCUGUGUCUACAUGUUUUUCUACUUAAUUCUGAGUGUCCACAUAUACUUCAUGGGAAGAUGGAGUAUAGAUAGAGGAAUAUGUAGAAGAAUAUGUGUUGCUGUAAGAUAUGACAUGUGUAGGUGUAGGAGACCAAUGUAUCCAGACAGAAUGCUUCUACUUGUGGUUGGAAAUUUAAUCAACUGGCUAAUUGCAGUAUAUGGAGCUGUGUACCAUUCCUCAGACUUUGCUACUUACCUGUUGGGGAUCUUUAUAGGAAACCUUAUGAUCUAUUGUACAUUCUACAUCAUAAUGAAGUUGAGGUAUGGUGAAAAAAUCCAUUCUCUGGUCAUGUUCAUCAUUUUGGGGGCCGUUGUAGUGUGGGCUGUUGCUCUCUAUUUCUUCUUCUCUAAUCUGACUUCCUGGCAGCUGACUCCUUCCAAAUCCAGAGAAGGAAAUAAGGACUGUGUACUGCUAGAGUUCUAUGAUGCUCAUGACAUUUGGCAUUUUCUUUCAUCCAUUGCUUUGUUCUUCUCUUUCCUG